UUUUUAUUUUCUUUUCGCAGAGAGUUUGAGACGCGCGCAGUUGUGAUCUCCGGAGCUUUUUGUUGAAAGAAAAAUUAUCACGUUUCUUUGUCAUGGCGAAUGGUGACGCUAACGCAUUACAUAGCCCAUCGAGUGAUGAGGAAGAAGGGAGGAACGUUUCGGUCUUGGGCGAACUUUUGCCUUCAGCAAGGUCACUGGAUUUGAAUGCCAAGCCUGGCAGGAAGCGCUCUGUUGCUGCGACAUCUGUGAAUACUUCCCUCAACAAAACGCUGCCGAAACAUAAACGUGGCAAGAAAAUCAACGUUCCUCAGACGAAGUACAAAAAGCUGAAUGAAGCUUUGGCCAGGCAGUUGAAUGAUGAGCGUCAAAAAAAUCAGGAGCUUUUCAAAGUGGCUCAGGAAAACAAGAUUCUAUUGCAGGAACAAGUGACAGAGACCACCAGGUUCAAAAAUCUGUACAGAGGUGUCUUGAGCAGAUCUACUCCCAAUGCUGGUGCUGCAACAACGCAGCGCACGUUUCUCAACUCCUUGUGCAUAGACAUACAAGCAAUGCACACAGUGCUGAAGUCCGAGGGAAGGGAGAUACAAUUAAUGAAGGAGAAACUUGGAUCAAUGGAGCGACUUCGUCAGACACAUGUUUCUGAGUUGAACGCGCUUUAUCAGCGAAUAGUUCAUGCUCGUGACGAAAUCUCGGACAUACAGGACAUGGAUGUACAGGAUGAAGAUGAUGGAGUGCAGUCCACGUCUGGUCAUCAAGAAUCCUCCGAUGUGCAUCGUGAGAUUCUUAGCAGAAAGUCAAAAGGUGUUUGUCUGCCACAUGUGAGUGGGGCUGCAAUUAGACAGGUGAACAUCAAAAUAGGUCGGGUCUCCGUCAACAGUGUUGGAAGCUCAGAACUGCCAAGCCACACGCCAGAAAUCGUGGAUCUUGAAGAUGAUGCCAGUGACAUCCUGCAACCUGAUGACCACUCAGAAGAGGAACCAUUUGAGUCAAAUGUUGUUGAUGAGCUUGACCUGACUGGUGAUGAUGACCAUGUUGAAGGGGACGCGGUAAUCAAUAGUGCUGGUGAUAAUGCUGCUGUCUCUGACUUGAGCACUGUUGCACACCCCAGUGAGACCCUGACUGCCCAAGCCGAUUUUGAGCCAGACAGUUCAAUGGAUGAGUUGCCGUCACCAAUUGUGGACCACUCACCAGUGCAACCAGAGCAUGUAAAUGAGUCAACCAAUGCCCGUGUUACUGAAAACCAAGUGACGGGAGUAUUGCUGGAGGAUUCCAUGAGAAGAGUGACCUUGCGGCGAGGUUCCCGGCAGCGAGAGAGUGCCACAGCCCAGGAGACCCAUGGACCCUUGGCAACUUCCAGCCGGAGAAAUCCAAUGGACCAAGGGAGGUCUAUGGGCCCACAGAAACGUGGUGCGUCUUCUAUUGCCGCCCGUGCUUCAUCAGCACGUCACAAGACUGCACCAGCAGUCCUUCCAGUUGAAAGGGAGGUAUCUGAGAACAUGCUCCCUGGAUCGUUGGAAACCGAUGACGCUGAAAUUCUUGGGGACGACAUGCUGAGCGCACAUUUCAAUCCGAGAAUCAUGGUUGAGAUGUUGGACUGUAGUGACAAUGAUGACGAACAUGUUCCGACUGGGUGUCAGGAAAGGAAGAGUGAUAAUGCGGGUGAAAGUCGGUCAAGACGGACAAGAGGAAAGGCAGUGAACUACAAGGAGCCAAUGGGGAACAAGAAGCUGCGUCGGGGAGACCCCAUGUCCGAUGAAUUCUCUUUGGCACUUGCCCCCAGCCUUGCUACAAAGAUGGAUCGCAAGCAAAUAUCCAAGCAAAGUCACCCUCUUCCUGCAAAAAAAUCAACGCGGGGUUCGCGGAGUCAGAAAGAAUGAAUUUCUGGAGGGAUUCAGUUGAUUCCAUGAGCGGGUUAAAUUGAAUUCUCGGUGUCCCAGUUUGUGAAUGAUGCGUAAGGACCAACACUGCAGCAGGGAUAAUUGCAUUUUCAAGGCCCAGCUUCUUGAAAGGAUCUCUUAAGAAAUUUUCCCUGGGGAUUUAAAUUAUUUCCUUCUUUUCUGAUGCCUCCUCGUGUGUUCUCAUUUGUGUGUUUUGUGGAAUUUUGAUUUUAACACUAAUAGCCUUACGUUAUUUGCAGUUUAAAAAAAUUUUUAAUUUUCUCUCAACCUUCUUUUCAACUUUUCGUGCUGCUUCGCCAAUCCUCACUGACAUGAUACUUGGAUGCAGCAUCUAGUUUCCAGUGUGAACAUCUGUUUCAUGGAAUGAUGAGUAGAUCGGUCAGGUUUUCUUUUUAUUAUUCUUGGAAGGUUGUCGUUGCCUUACGGGUGUGUAAUUAUUUUUGUCUACAUUGAUGCUAUAUGUGCGUGCGUGCGUUGGGGUUCUUAUGAUUAAUUUGAGAGGAUUCAUGCCAAUUUUGAAGCGCUUACUGUUGUGAAGGCUUUUCUUGAGAGGAACUAUUUAUGAAUGAAGAAAGCCCGUGCUCCACAAUUUUUUUGCCGAUGUGAGUUGAAUUCUGCUGUAUCUUUUAAAUACCCCUACUUUAAAAUCCGCUUUUAUUUUCCUUUUGCGAGGUGAAAAUUAUCCUCGAGUAUUCCAGUUUUAAGAUGGUGGCAUCGUUUAUUGUGUUUGAGCAAGUUUCGUUUGAUAAGUUUAAGUUUUUCCAACUCAACCGAAUGGAUUGUGUUCAGUUUACGAAUUUUUUACAUGAUGAAAAAUCCUUUGGAAGGGUUAACUCGGUGUUUUUUUCCGUCUUGUAAACUUUUGAUUCUACCCAUGAAUUCACGAUAAUUUUUACCUUGUGAAAUUUUUUUUUAGUGUGAAUGAAAAGUACAAAUAUUUGAUGAUUUGCCUCGAA